AAUUAACAAGAAAGGAGUGGGGGAAGCGGGUCCCAUGAAGAUUUCGCAGGGGGCAAUCGGUUUGCGAUUUACAUCAGAAUUUAUCAACAACAAUCAUUAUCAUCAACAUACUACGUAACAGUAGGAUUUACUUGUGCAAAACUCAACAAGUUGAACAUCAAACUAUUAGUGCAUUGUUUUACGUAUGUGAUACCUAAGAAUUUUCAACAUGGUUGUCAAGAUGUUACACACCUGCAGCACAAUGACUGACCAGCUGUACAAUCCGAUAAACCACCUGACGCAGUCCGAGUUGAUGGAAAAAUUCAACCUGGCGUUCUACGAAGCACAGAACCUGACAAAAACGGACAUACUCUCAACCUUCAACGAGACAUCGGCGACCGCGAACUCCGAUAUCGAGUUUAACUGCCUUGCUGGAUCGGCCGAUGAUUACCUGAUUGAUUACUUGAUCUCGAACGACACCCCCGUCAGCACACCCAGGAGCGAUAUUGAUAUCAACUUCGAUUUCAACGAAUUUGAAGAGAAUUUCAAGCAGAAUGUUGACGGGGUCGACUCGAAUUUCGACACAGAAACGUAUACGACUGAAAACUCCUACGAAACAAACCAAAAGAUCUUCAACAAGACUGCCUCAUCAUCACAAUUCUUCGUAUUGCCACCCUUCUCAGUGACCGAUCAACAAUCGCAAGGCAAAACGCCUGAAAACGCGGACCUUCACAGUAUUCCCGUAGAAGACCUCAACGAAACCUCUUUGGAUAUCGACGACCUUACGACGGGGUUGCAAGAUUUCAAUGAGAACGCUUUCACAGAGAGCGUGAAUAUGAGCGCGACUCCACUUCCUCCUGUGAACACGAUCACAAAAAGUAACGUGGAUUUCGGGCAUUUCCUGAGAGGUACACCAGUGAACAGCACGAGCACCUACGACUCCUGCGGAAAAGACCAGGAAGUCCCUUCGAAAAGCGACUUCGGUCACUUGAUAGGCAGCCAAUCGGCAAACCUUAUCGCCGAGGAAUCCAACUCGAACCAGAGCUUUCCUGACCAAUCCCACGCCAACCAAAUGGUUCUAACCCAAACCGACGCAUUGCUGAACGACGACCCCCUGUUCAGCUCGACCAACCUAAUGUACUCCAGGAACUUUGCUUUUGACCAAAUGGACAGUUGCGACGGUCUCGAGAUAGACGAUGUAAGCAGCGCGAUCAGCUUUCAGUGCAAGUGGGACAGGUGCUACCAAGUGUACGAGUCGCAGUCGAGUCUGGUCAAGCAUAUUGAGAAAAUGCAUGUGGAGCUGAAGAGAGGUGAAGAAUUCACAUGCUUUUGGGAAAACUGUCCAAGGAACACGAAGCCCUUCAAUGCGAGGUAUAAGCUUUUAAUACACAUGAGAGUACACAGCGGGGAGAAGCCAAAUAAAUGUCCGUUUGAAGGAUGCAACAAAGCUUUCUCAAGAUUGGAAAAUCUGAAAAUCCAUCAAAGGAGCCACACGGGCGAGCGGCCAUAUCUAUGUCAAUUCUCGAACUGCACUAAAAGUUUCUCCAAUAGUUCGGAUAGAGCAAAACACCAACGGACACAUUUUGAUACGAAACCAUACGCCUGUCAAGUGAUUGGUUGUACGAAAAAAUACACAGAUCCCAGCAGCUUGAGGAAACACGUAAAGAACCACACAGUUGAGGAGCAGAUGCAAGUGAAGAAGAGGUCGAAUGAAAGAAUGAAUGAAGACAUCCUCUCAUCAGUAGCAGCCAAAAAGUACUUUGGUUCCACAAGACAAAAGACCGUCAAAGAACCACACACUUUCUACUUCCCUAACUUUGAACACAGCUAUUCAAGCUACAGUUGUCUGGAUUCCGCUGUGAAGAUGGACAUCAAAAAUAAGCUGAGUGAGAAGAUCAGGAUUAAGAAAGAGUGCUGUUGAAUAUCUCAUAUGGUCCAACUGUAAGCCGUGAUAUGAAUAAGACUGUCUCGAAGGACAGCUUGAAGCCAAAAAUCACAGAUCGUCUGAGAUGAUCAUCAGAUUGUCCUUGACUGAAACAUUAAGAUCGAGAGAAUCGUAUAAAGUUUAAUUUUUAUGUCGAAAAUGAAGAGAGAUAGAAAGAUAAAGAUCCUGUAAACAAAAUACUCCACUCCACGGUAUAUUGAAUCUAGCAACUAAACAAUAAACUGGAGAGUAUAACUAUAGUCCCACCAACAAUAAAAACGAUAAAUAUAGAGCUUAUUCAAAUUCAUUUAACAACAAAAUACGUAAUUGGGUGUUGAUUAAUGAAAAACACGUAAAAGUGAGUGGUGCAUAACUAUAGCCCACUACAUUUUUUUAAUCAAAAAACAAAACGCUUGAAAAAGGGAAGGGUUGGUUUGUUCACUACAUUUUCCAAUUAAGCCAAAAAGUAUCGCGUGCAUGUCCUACCUACCUGUUCAACGUUUUAGGUCCUAAACUGCUCCAAACGUGCCCUAAUGCACUUUUCAGAUUAUUUACUUGUUGUCUUUAUAAGCUCGGUGAAAUAAAAUUUCUUCGAAGUUUUUUAUAUGAUUCAGGUAAAGUGAACAAUAUAAUCAGUCCCAGAAUGCAGCAUUUCUUUCUACAAACCAAGCCUCGGACAUCCUAUCAACAUGUAUUACAUAGCUUCUUAGCCUAUAGGAUGGAAAAAUAGAUACUCCUUAUAUACAUCUUUUUCAAAUAAUAGCUGGAUGCUAGAUGUAACUCAAUAAGCAAAUGUCUUGGGUUAUUUGAAGGGGCUCUACAGUCAAUGACAAGAACAAUGUAAACACUAUUACACGCGGAUCCAUCACGUUUUGACGUCAACUAAGGUGAACAGCUGAUCAACAAGUGUAUUAGGGCCCUAUCGUCAGUCGAUCCUACAAUUAUAUGACGCCCUUAUGGCCUCCUUGAUUUUCAUAGUUUUCUAGUGCUCCGUGUCAGCGCUCUAUUUUGAGGUUAUGUUGCAAAUAUCUAUUCGAAUCAAAUUGUUCGUGCGUUUGAUUUAUAUCAUUUGUUAUAUAGCCUGAAAUUUCCUACAAUUCCAGACGAAAACAGCCUGACGAUAUGAGAGCGCUGACGCUGACAAGGAGCAGUAGAAAUCUGGAAAUAUCGAAGGAAAGAAAAUACUAUGAAAAUCAAGGAGGACAUAAAGGCGUCCUACAAUUGUACGAACAACUGACGAUAUGGCCCUUAGUCUUUAACCAUUGUCAAUAAUGAAUCGGGUGCAAAAUUAGUAAAACUUGCUAGUAGCGUCUUUUUUCUUCUAUGCAAAUGAACUUUUCUAAAUAAAGGAGUUGUUAGCAAGGAUAUAAUGAAUCCGUAGCGUACAAAAAACAAAACAAUAUACGGCUCUGUCCACCUGGCCUUGAAGAAUCUGUCAGAAUUAACUGUCAUUUGUCGAUAUGGGGAAUUUUGAAAUAUUACUAAGGCCCGUAUCGUCAGUCGUCCCUACAAUUGUAGGGCGCCUUCAUGGCCUCCUUGAUUGUCAUAGUUUUCUACUUCUUCGAGUCAGCGCUCUAUUUUGAGGUUAUGUCACAAACAUCUAUUUGCAUCAAAUUGUGCUUGCUUUUGAGUUAUAUUAUGUUUUAUGUUAAUUUCCUACAAUUUAAAAAGAAAACAUAUCUUCACAAUAGGAGAGCGCUGACGCUGACACGGGACAGGUACAAUCUAGAAAUUUUUGAAGAAGAGAUAGGAGCAUGACAAUCAAGGAGGCCAUAAACGCGCCCUACAAUUGUAGGGACGACUGAUGAUACGGGCCUUAAUAAUCAUCCUCCGUAACGGAUACUCGUGAAAAAGACAAUAUUACAUACAUAAUUAUUUUGACCAGUCUUCAAUAAAUAAUGUUAUUUUCGAAAUAGUUUCUCACCCUAUAUAUUCAAAUUUUAGCAGCGGUUUUUCGCAAAUGGUCAAAGGACAAAAUAGUCCAGUCUAAAUAAUCACUCACUCUGUAUCUAACUUAUCAGUUACCGGAAAGACUGAAAAACUAGCAAUGACAAAUUUUUUGCUAGGGUAGAGUUAAAGAGGCAAACAAGUUCUCACAAGUGUACUUUAUAAUUACUCAUAGUAAGUUCCUCAGUUUCACUUUUAAGAUUGUUUAAAACAAUGAGGAGUAACUACCAUAUGCAUUUAAAGUAUUUUAGGGACCAAAUAUGUGAUAUUAGUAAUUUUUGUAAAUAUUUAUGUGCCAUGUAACUUAGUGAAUUUGUAAAUAUGUACAGAUUAAGGAAUGAUCUUGUGAUCAAUGCAUCACAAAGAUUUUUUUUUCUAUGUGAAUAUCUUUUUAAAGUGGAG